UAGACCUCUGCUGCCAGCCGAGAACGGUACAUGCCCCGUUUUGUGACAGUUGCAAAGUCAAUAGUUGUAUUCCUUUCAAGAGCUUGAAACACUUGAGCUACUCGCUCCGGUGUUUAGUCGCCCGCGAUUUGCAGGGAACAGAUGCGUGGUGCAACAAACACUUUUCGAAAGGAAUAAGCGCGUGAAGCCCCGGAGCUGUUCCGGAGCUCGUCCUAGGUGUGAAAGGAAUACAACUAAUGUCAAUUGUGGGGUUGUCAGCUGUGGACAUUACUCUACCAAAAGCAAAAGGGGAAGUUUAUUAAUAGCACGGGGAACAUAUGAUUUGAUUGGGUGCAAUUAGUUAAAUUAAAUAAUACGGUACAAUGUCCAGUAUGCUAACGAUAAUGGCAACUAGAAGAAUACCCCGAGCAGUGAUAAGGACUUUGAAUAAGUGCCUGGAUAACAGUAUAUCAAAGGUUACCAUAGGAAAUGGGGCUCGGAGGCUUAGUACUUACCAGUUUAGCUCCAGUAACAAUGAAUAUAUGUUUAGCCCUCAGAAAUCAAUCUGCGGAUGCACCAAACGAUAUUUUAGAACUUCUUCUCUGCUAAUGAAUGAUAAUGUAGUGAAAUGCCCCGCUUUUCCCGAGUCUGUGACAGAGGGUGAUAUUAGACUUGACAAGAAAGUCGGUGACGCAGUGGCCGCCGACGAAGUGAUUGCGGAAAUCGAAACCGACAAGACGUCGAUGCCAGUGCACUCGCACAGUCACGGUAUCAUCGAAGAAAUCCUCGUAAAAGAUGGCGACACGGUCAAAGCAGGCCAGCCUCUGUUCAAAUUGAAAAUCACUGGCGAAGCCCCAGCCAAAGCGGCCCCUAAAGAACAGGCUAAGCCCGCUGCAGCGGCGCCGCCUCCACCACCCACACCUCCACCACCAUCACCCCCAAAACCCAGUGCUGCAUCUCCUCCACCUCCACCCCCACCACCAAAACCAGCUGCUCCGGCACCCAAACCAGCUGCUCCCAUGUCGUCGAUUCCUGUGGCUGCCAUCAGACACGCUCAAUCGCUUGAAGCUUCGGCCACAGUAAAGAUGCCUCCAUCGGAUCCAACCAAAGAAAUAACUGGUACUAGGAGCGAGCAGCGUGUCAAAAUGAACCGGAUGAGGCUAAAAAUCGCCCAACGGUUGAAGGAGGCACAAAAUACGACUGCCAUGUUAACCACCUUCAAUGAGGUUGAUAUGACGAACAUAAUGGAAUUCCGCAAAACUCAUCAGGAUCAAUUCAUCAAAAAAUACGGUAUCAAGUUGGGUUUCAUGUCGGCCUUCCUCAAAGCAUCAGCCUACGCUCUUCAGGAUCAACCUGUGAUCAAUGCCGUCAUCGAGGGCAACGAAAUCAUCUACAGAGACUAUGUGGACAUUUCUGUAGCUGUGGCCACCCCAAAAGGUCUUGUUGUCCCCGUGAUCCGGAACGUUGAGAGUAUGAACUUUGCCGAAAUCGAAUUGGCCAUGGCCGCUUUGGGAGAGAAAGCCAGGAAAAAUCAGAUAGCAAUUGAAGACAUGGACGGCGGCACUUUUACCGUAUCCAAUGGAGGCGUGUUCGGUUCUCUGAUGGGUACGCCCAUCAUCAAUCCUCCUCAGUCUGCUAUUUUGGGAAUGCACGGGACUUUCGAGAGACCCGUUGCCAUUAAGGGACAGGUGGUAGUCAGACCAAUGAUGUACAUCGCUCUGACUUACGAUCACAGAUUGAUCGACGGACGCGAGGCAGUAUUAUGUUUACGUAAAAUCAAAUCCGGAGUGGAAGAUCCCCGUACCAUGCUAGCCGGUCUUUAAAUAACUAAUCAGCCAGGAAUCUGAAAUGUCACUGAAAAAAAGAAAUAAUUCUUUAGGCAUCCGAAAUAAGAAGUUAUUAUAUGAGUAUUUUUAUUAUUUAUGUAAAUUUAUUAUGUAUUAUUUAUUUGAAAUUGUUUUUCAUUUUAUUUACAUAUUUUAAUUUCCAAUGAAGCACAUACAUUCGAUUUAUACGAAAGAAAAAAAUUAAUAAUAAAACAACAAAAUUUGGUAAUUGAUGGAAACACGUU